UUAUAAACAUUUGUAAGCGCAUUCAACAAUAUUUUGAUGUGAAAAUUCAAAUAUUUUUCUAUUAAUCUAUUAGUUUGCAUUGCUUGAACAUUUGAUUUGAGAAAUUAUAUUCUUCUCCCAUUUGAAAGUGAAUCCUGAGUUCAUGAGGGACUGAUGUGUCACUCCCGAAACGUUGGCCCUUGUACAGGGUUUAUGGCCCUUAGCAGCACGAAAAACAACACUUUUAUUCACAUUCUGAACGGAUUAUAUUUAGCACAGAAAGUGCGUUUAUAAUCACUAAAACGGUGUGACUUCAGUUCAUCGCGAUCUCACAAAGGUCCUUUAUAAUCAAUGAACCUCUUAUUUACAUCGUGUUACAGUGAGAGGAUUCAUCAGCUUGCAGGGGGAAAACCGGCGUUUACAGGUGAGUGAACAGCGGCCAAUCACAGGCGUUCCAGAAACCAACAGAUAUGUCUGUGAUUGGCUACACUGCUCAGCGCUGCGCAAACACGUUGUAAAUAGAAUCUUUUGGCGAUUUCCAGAGAGCAAACACAAACACACACUGGAGCCUUCACCAAUAUCACAUUUUAAUAUAGUUUUAACUGAGGGCGCGUGAGAAAACGGAUGUGGGGCGUGAGAAAUGUGUCAAAUAUGUCAUUCGUAAGGGGUGUCUUAAUCAAGUUCAAUACACACCUUAUUGAUGAGGAAAACUAUAUACAGGCAAGAAAAUGACCCCAGCACGAAUAUCUUAGGCCCAUUAAGCCGCAUAAAGCGUUUUAUGAUGGUUUUCUAUUGGAAAAUGUUUGCGCUACUUAUCGCGUUGCGUUCAUGUGAUGUGUUCAUCUGUUCAUCGGUAUAUAGUUCCAUCACUAAAGUGUAGACAGAGUUUGCUCUUUUAAUAUGUGAGUCUCAGUACAAACCUGCUGAAAACACCCGCUGUCCCCGGAGGAAAGCCUCGUUUGGCCCUUCAGGUGGGCGUUUCUUUACAUGCGUGACGUCACGCGAAACCGUUCCAGGGAUUGGUCAUUAGCGCCACCUCGCGUCUCACAGUGAUAGAACACACUCGGCGUUACUGUUUGUAACAUCAGAGUCUACACCGCUGAAGAAAGGGAGAACAACGCUCGGAUGAAAGGUGGUGAAAAGUAACCAUUCAUUCAGUUUAAUAAGCCAUGAAUGUAUGAGCGUACUGAGUGUACAUUAUCCUCAGCCCUAAUAAUAUAAUAUAAUAUAUUAUAAUAUAACAUAAUAUAAUAUGAUAUGAUAUAAUAUAAUAUAAUAUAAUUUUGUGUUUACCGUCUUGAGGUGUUUUUCUCUUUUUGACAGUUGGAUGCAUGUUUUAUCUGUCACUAAUAAAAGGCUUUUUAGUGUGUAAGCAGUUGAGAAAACUAAUUAUGAGACUGAGAUGAAAACUGUCUAGAUCAAUCCAUUUGAAUGGCACUUAAGUCAUCAGCAAAAAUCAGACACAUCAGAUUUAUUUUUACAUAAGAAUGUUGCCCAGAUCUAAACUAAAAACGUCAGUCUGUCCAGCAGUUUUCCUUGUUUCAUCUGUGAUGACCAGCAGACUAUUGUGCUGUAUCACGUCACGUUUAGAGAUCCGGCCCUUUAAGGGACCGGGGGGCCGCCAGACCCCUCUGAUGUCACGUGGGCGGCCCCGGGGCCGGUGGGAGUGUGAGGAGCCUCUAAGUUUAGUGUCCAAACACACGGACGGACCUCAGAGCCGCUUGAGACGGAGCCCGUCGGCCGCAGACGUUCAGGUCAGCAGAAACUUCAACUUUCACAGACGCUGUUUGAGAUCAUAGAGACACAUAAAGGACUGAGCAGGUGUGAUGGCGUCGUCCGGCGAGAGCAGCGCCGCAGAGGAUCAGCAGGUUCCUCAUCAGGACGAAGCGGCACGUGUUAAAGGCGUUCAGUCGCAUUACUUGCGCUGUCCUUCGCCCAGUUUCUCCAUGAUGUCCGAUCGCUUCUCCACCAUAUCGGACCGUUUCUCCAUGAUCUCCGGCUCCGAUGCGGAAAGUAUCUUCAUGGAUCCGAUUCAUCUGUCCUCCUCCGUCGCUGCCAAGAAGAUCAUCAGUGAAGAGCUGAAGUCCAGAGAGGUCCGGACGCCGACGACCCCCGACGGCAUGCUGGAAUCGGCCGAGCAGCUGAUGGUGGAGGAUCUGUACAACAGGGUGAAGGACAUGAUCGACGACCGCAGCCCCUACAACACGCCCUGUGUGCUGGACAUCCAGAGAGCGCUGAUCCAGGACCGGCUGGAGGCGCCGUUCAACCCCGUCGACGAGGUCUGGCCCAACAUCUACAUCGCGGAGAAGUCGGUGGCGGUGAAUAAAGCCCGUCUCAAACGCCUCGGCAUCACUCACGUGGUGAACGCCGCUCACGGCACCGGCGUCUACACCGGCGAGGUGUUUUACCAGGGCAUGAACAUCACCUACAUGGGCAUCGAGGUGGACGAUUUCACAGACGCAGACAUCUCUCCUCACUUCCGCGCGUGUGCCGAGUUCAUAGACGACGCUUUGCUGACACACAGAGGCAAGGUGCUUGUGGACUCCAUGAUGGGCGUGAGCCGCUCGGCGGUGCUUGUUGCUGCUUAUCUCAUGAUCUUCCAGAACAUGAGCAUCAUGGAGGCCCUGCUGGAGAUCAGGAAGAAACGUGCCAUCAACCCCAACGAAGGGUUUAUAAAGCAACUGCGCCAACUCAACGAGACUCUAAUGGAGGAACGAGACGAAGACGACGACGAGACCCUCAGUCAGUGCUCCGUGAUCGACACCCGUGCUCGUCUUGACGAGGAGGAGAGCAUGUUCGGAGUCAAAGCCGAAUCCAUAAUGGUGGACGAGGAGGAAGACAGCGGCAGCGUCAUGAGCAGCGUCGCAUCUUCUGCCGCCGCCGCGGCUCUGAAGGCGGGACUCCUCGGCGGCCCGAGCAAACCCGACACGCCGGCGACCGCCGAGGAGCCGCCGCUCCCUGGAAAAGACGGGGAAGAUGAAGAUGGGGAUGUGGACAGCAUGAUAAGGGAGUGGCAGAAGCGCAACGAGAAGUACCAGAACGAGGACUGGUGGGAGGCCCAGCUGAUGUGCGACGGGGACGACGGCGAGUCUCUGCCGGGCGACAGGAAGCGGCCGGCCGCGCGACCCGAGGACCUGGAGAGCGUGACCAGCGAAGACGUGCGAAUGGUGAAGGAACGCAUCGGGCGUCGUCCACGUCGUCCCGCUUCGGAAGCGGGCUCCACGACGAGCUGCAGCAGCUACUCCGAUCUCUGGAAGCAGCGCCUGAAGGAGAUCGAGGAGCAGGCCGCCGCACGAUACCGACUCAAAGAGACCGACGAGGACAGCGAGGCGAGCCGGAAAAGAAUCGACGAUGAUGUCGAGAGCAUGCUGUCCGACAGCAGCUCCAUGUACAACUUCUGCAAAAAGAACAAGGAAAAUCUAACACCUCUGGAACGAUGGAAGAUUAAGCGAAUCCAGUUCGGAUGGAACAAAAAAGAAGCGGCGGCUGAGAACGGAGAGAAAGCGGAGGCCGAGACCGAAGCUCCCGCUCCCUCGCUGGAGGACGUCAACUUAACGGCCUAUCAGACCUGGAAGCUCAAGCAGCAGAAGAAGUACGGUGGCGAAGAGAACAAGGACGAAAUUCUGGAGAUGAGUCGCGCCGAGGACCCGGCCACGAUCAAGAAAAGACAGCGGCGAGAGGAGCUUCUGGAGCGCACGAGGAAAACGCUGGAGGAGAGCCAGUCGGUGUGCGGCUGGGAAACCGAGAGCGCUCUGAGCGGCAGCAUCCCGCUGUCCGCUUUCUGCGCCGGAGUCUUUCCGUCCGCCAGCGUCACCGGAGACGAUAACGCGUCCGUGCUGAGCGGAAGGUCUUCUGUCCUUUCUGGUCGCAGCGCCCGAUCGCAGCCUCCCGUUCCCCAGGAGCCUCCCGCACCUCCCGCCGCGGUCAUCGGUCCUAACGGCGAGCCCAUGGUAAACAUCGCCAAUAUCCAAAACUGGAUUGCCAGCGUGGUCAACGAGACUCUCGUGCAGAAGCAAGCCGAGAUGAUGAUGGGAGCGAGUCUCGCCCCCUCCAGAGCGGGAUCGGUGUUCAGUCUGGGUGUUGGACGCGGAGCGGACGACGACAGAGCCUCGAUGCUGAGCGGGUCCACGUCCUCAAGCGUGCUGUCCCAGAGCAGGGCCGAAUCCGUCCUGUCUGCGGGCGGCAGGGCUCGGUCCGUGCUGUCGGCCGGCGGUCGGGCCGAGUCCGUGCUUUCUGCCGGAGGAGCGUCCAACCUCUCCUCGGUGUCCGGGUUGGGCUCCCGGAGGAGCAAGAUCACUACGACCAGCGUGCCGCUCUACAGCCUCUUCCAAGACCAGGUGAACCUUCACAAACUGGACACCAUGGAGAAAGAAAUCAAGGCUGACAUGCGGGACAAGAUGGCGUCCUACGAGGUGAAGAAGAUUGCUGAGGACAACAAGCGCAGCACGUUAUACAAGAAGAAGAAACCGAAGGAGGAGGACGACGACGAAGCCGGGCACGGAAAGUCGAAUGGAUUCGACGAUCCGGUAGCCCGUUCCUCUGAGAAACCCAAACCCAAAAGAGAUUACGGCCGUUCGGGAAUACUGAACCUUCCCGCUUCAGCCAGUAACCCCACCAGCAGCAUUGAUGAAUGGCUCCAAAACGUGAGACCUCCUCAGAGCAAAGCGAAACCUUACGACGGGGACGGCGAGCCGCCCCGCAUGUCUCGGCCAUCGUACGAAGGGAUGGAGGAACCUUCGGAGUUUGACUUCCCGAGCCGCAGGAGCUCCAUUUCAGUAAAUGACGACGAAGAGGAGGAAUAUCGCUUUGCCUCUAGAUUUUCGUCCAGGCACCGGGCUGACGAUGACAUGGAUUUGGGUCGAGAUCCCAGUCCGGAGUUUAACUAUCGCUCUCGGAGGUCCCCUCCUUCUUCGUACGACGGCUCGGGUGAAGAUACCGGCUACAGAACCAGGAGGUCGUAUGCGAGCUAUGAGGACGAGGAGAGAGGCAGUUACCAGAACUACUCGGCAAAGCAGAAAUCUUCUCACGCCUCGCUCUAUGAGAACAGUGAGACUGUGAGGACUGCUAAAACAGCACAGGGAGACGAGGAAGAUGAGGAAAUAUCUGCUUUCAUUGCUCAGAUCAAACAGAGGGCGAGAGCACGAGUGGCGGAAGAGAUGGAGGACGAUGAAGUUCUUUCCGCCUGGAGGAAACAGGAGGAGUCAAAGUCCAACGUUCACAAUAAAAAUUAAUGCAAACAUGACUGUUUAUGCCCCCAAAUUAACGAUGCCAUUAUCUAUGUAGAUAGAGAUUAUCGUAGCAGUAACGAUUCAUUGUUUCAUAUGUGUGAACUGACAGGCUUGCAUCCAUUAAGACAAAAGUGUUCAGUGUGAUGUAUAUGAGCAAACAACCGUGUUACCCAAGAAGAUAACAUCACUGCAUUCAUUAUAAAGGCAAAUGUUUACAAAAGUGUCUUGUGUUCAGGAUUUAUGACCCAGAAGAACCACACAGACCUUCCUGGUGCAUGAUGGGGAGUACAGUUAAGAGCAUGUUUAUCCCAAAAUAUGUAUAAAAAAGUCAUUAAAUGAAAUGGCCCAAUAGUAAUAAUAAUAUAUAGUAAAAAAAUUAUAGACACACACCGAAGUCUACACAAAAAAAAAAAAUAGGUUAAAAGUAAUUAUUAUGAAAAUGCAAAAAUAAUUGUAUAAAUGCAAAAUGUAACAGAAAACUGUUAAACUUUGGUUUACUUGAUAUAAAAUAAUUAUACUGACUCUGAGUAAGUGUUGUAUUGUU